AUGACCAUAAGAUCGACAAGGUGGGAGCCAUGGCCGUGGCGCCGCUCCUUGGCGCCGCCCGCUUCAACCCCAAAUGCGACGAGCAGUUCCGAGAUAGCACGCCCGCCACCACCCCUGGAGCCCCUCAUAGGCCACUGGUUUCCAACUGGUACAUUAAGCUGGACACUUCCUGGUUCAACCCCAUGUGCAGCACGUGCAGCACCUCAAACCCUGAUAGGCACGGCUGACAGAAGGAAAAGACCAUGGUCCCACCCACCACACAUCACGUACGGCUGCGACACCUCGGUGCCCGUCUUCGUCUACUGCCACGUUAGAAGACGAGAUUCCAUCAUGCGCGGUGACGCGAGUCUGUAUUUUAGCGACAGGUUGCCGUACAACCAUACGCUGAAGCUGCGCAACCUCAACAUAUACGAGGAGUCCUGCGUCGAUGCCUACAGUGGUGCAUCUGUAGCUGUUCGAGCUAUGGAAUCCCGAGGCGGCAAUGCAGAGAAGUGUGCUCUUACCAACAGUCACGCCUUCUUUGAGUGGUCCAUCCGGUUCCGCUACGUUAUCCCUACUCCCAUUUAG